AUGGCCAAAGGUUGGCAUCAGUGGUUGCACCUUAAUUUGUCCAGUGAUACCGUUGGUUUUCUAGAUUGGAGUAAUGUCUGGGCUAUUAGUUGUCACACCCUGUGGUCAUGGAGGAAUAAGGAAAUUCAUGAUACCUCCUUCGUUAGACCUACGUUAAUGAAGGAAGUGAUAGAGGAUAGAGUUCAGCAGUACAAAACAGCAAUGCUAAUCCAGAAAAAGGUUAUGGCUAAUUGUCAAGAGAAGUUGUCAGUUCAAUGGAGUGCCCCUAAAACUCCUUUUGUGAAGCUGAAUGUAGAUGGUGCCAGAGAUAGCAAUGGUGUAGCGGGUUGCGGAGGGAUCAUUCGUGAUGCGCACGGUAUGGCGGUUGAUCUUGGCUUUCAUAAUCUGGAGGUGGAGACUGAUUCUAUGUUAGUAGUGGAUUGUAUCAAGAGAGGAAACUAUAAGAAUAUGGCGGUGGGAAACUUAGUGGCGAAUAUCAUUAAGUUGAUGCAGAAGUUUGUUAGCGUGGAUAUUAAGCACAUUUACAGGGAGGCAAAUAACUGUGCGAACAUUCUUGAUAUGGAAGGUAGAAAGUUGAACGGAGACAUCAUGUUCUUUACUGAAGCGCCUGCUUGGAUGCUUAACUCGUUGGAGAAGGAUAAAAUUUCUGUUAGUGUUCCUAGGAUCAUUCCUGUGUAG